GGCGGCAGCGGCGGCAAGAUGGCGGAGCCGGAGCAGAAGCGGCGGAUCCCGUUGGUGCCGGAGAACUUGCUGAAGAGGAGGAAGGCCUACCAGGCCAUCAAGGCCACUCAGGCCAAGCAGGCGCUGCUCAACAAGCGCAAGCUCCAGAAGGGGAAACAAAUCCAGUUUAAACGCCUUGAGACUUUUGUUCGUGAUUCAUGGCGCAAGCGCCGAGAUGAUGUCCGGCUGAGGCGCAUGGAGCAGCGACCUGGGCAGGUGGCUGUGCCUGAGGAGCACAAACUGGCUUUUGUUGUGCGGAUUACAGAGAUUAAAGGAGUGAGUAUGAGGGUAAGAAAAGUGAUCGAGUUGCUGCGGCUGAGAAAAAUUUUCACUGGAACAUUCGUUAAAUUGUCUCCAUUAUCGCUGAAGAUGCUGCGGAUCGUAGAACCUUAUGUGGCCUGGGGGUAUCCUAACCUGAAGUCUGUACGAGAGCUCAUCCUGAAACGGGGCCAAGGAAAGGUUAACAAGAAGAGGGUACCUCUGACAAACAAUAUGUUGAUAGAGGAACAUUUAGGGAACUUUGGUAUUAUUUGCCUGGAAGACCUUAUUCAUGAAAUCUACUCAGCUGGGAAGUAUUUCAGAAAUGUCACAGACUUCUUGUGGCCCUUUCAACUGUCAGUGGCCCGUCAUGCUGCACAUAAUAAAGUGGGUUUCCUCAAGGAGAUGGGUAAGCCUGGCUGCAGAGGUGAAGGAAUCAACCAGCUUAUACGUCAGCUGAACUAGACAGUCUGUGAAAACACCAGGAUUUAUAACCUGCUCUUUUUCACGUGUAAUUUUCAUGGACCUGGGCUCUCUACAAUGAUAUACUACAUCUCUUGACUGUUGCUACCUUUAAAAAAGAAGAAAAGAAGAAAAAAACCCAACGAAAUCCAGGUGAUGAAGCUGCAUUCCAGGCUGGUCCUUGAGAAAGAAAUUUCAUUUGAUGCAAAAAAGAAAUGACUUGAACUUUCUGGAGCAAUCUUUUUUUAAGGUGUUGGAUUUUUUUCUUUGUUUUCAGUACAUUUUACUGCUGGCACUGUACCAGUCAGCUCUUGAUCUCACCUUUGCUAUAAAGCACGUGUUGUCAUUUCCUGAUUUAAAUUUGUUAGAAGGGAACAGCAGCCGUUGCUUUGAUCCAGUCCUCCCCAAGGGAAGUGCUUGAAAUUGCACUUUGCUGUUGAAGUGCACCUACUUCUAGGUGUAAAUGGGUAGUGCAGUCAGCUGCUUAACAACACCACUGACAGGCAGAGGAAAGCACUAGGCUUAUUCCUCUGUUACUGCAGCUAGAUUGUAUUUAUUUUACGAUUUGUCUUACUGAUUUACAUAAUGUCUUUCUAACCAUGCUAAAGUGGGACUGCUGUGGGGAUGGAUAUUUCCUGGUAGGAAAGCCCAUUAUUCACACUCUACAGUAGUAUCACAAAAUUAAUAGUUUUAAAAUAAACUCUUUUAAAAUGA